AUGGGACUACGCGACCAAGCAACGAUUAGAAGUGACUCAGGUUAUGGGGACGAUGCGUCCGAAUUGCCGCAGGACGGCCCCGAUGCUCAUCCUUUGACACUUAAGGGAUACGAUAUUGGGCCGGCAUCCAAAUUGCAAGUUGGCGACGUAUUCGAGUUUCUCUGGGCCGACGCACCUGAAUUCGAGUGGGAAUGGAAAUGUUUAGGAUACAGUCGUUUCAUCGUCCUUCGACAUAGCGAUACAUUCCCUCAUCACUGUGCCUGCAUACCCAUAUCUGUGGGCGGCAAACAUGAGUUCGCUAAACCUGGUAUCGACCAUUUCCAACAAGGAUUUAUCUUCGCCAAUGGCGAUCCGACACCUAGCAACAGCACUGAGGCGGCUGGUGGGGCGCGUUUGCCCUAUUCGUCAGUUGGAAUCGAGCUACGUCCCGGCAAGCUCCGCGUAAAGGAAGACUCUCGGGCCAACUACGCCGACAUUGUCGAAGUCGAUCACGACGCACAGGUCAUGGUUGUCGGUGACGUGGUACGCUACUUCGACCGAGUUCGGAGGAAUGUCAACAAGGCCUUCAUGCGACAGAUCCUGCGGAGGGCGCUGGAAGAAUACAAGAGCAUAAGAGCGGGCGAGAUGCAGACGGUGACAGACAACGAAGAAGCUCAGAUCAGUGCCUCAGAAAGCACCUUACCAGAUACCGCAAGCUUAAGGGGUGGCGGGCGCAGAGAAGACAAGAGGCGAAGACGGUACUCUAAUUCAAGUUCUGCGUCACGGAGACCAAGACCCAGCUCUCAGAACAGUGUCAGACCAAAUCGAGACGAUCCACAUGAUAGUCGUCAAGAAGUCCGACAGCACGAUGAACGAGAUAUCAAUUACGACGUGAGAUCUAUGCAUAACGUUGCCUUGGCCGGACUGAAAUAA